AAUACCAACAGGGGCUUCGUAGGGGCAGCCACGGGAGUGAGAUGUACUGGGGAAGCUGAAGUUACAAGGAUUGGUACACAUAGGCCUAUUUAUAGGCUGCUGCAAAAAAAUCAAGCAUUUUUAAUACCAACAGUAAACUUGUCAGUCAGCCAUGGAGGCCAAAACAUCACAAGGGAAAGAAGAACAGUGGCUGCCGGCAGUACGUCAUUACCAUCCUGGGAUCUGCCAUGUUUGUUUAGAAAUGCCCUCACAGAAGUGCUCCCUCAAACGGUGUGCCCAGUGCCAGCUUGUGUCCUAUUGCUCCAAACAGUGCCAGAAAAAAGACUGGUCAUCUCACAAGCACCUUUGUCAAGCAAACAAAGUGGAUAACGGCAAGAAUAUCUUUUCACAAGCAAAGGUAAAAGUUCACAAUAAAAGAUCCUGGCAAGAAUUUCGGAGCUGCUUGCAGGUUGCUGCAAAUAUUAACCUGCAACGACGUUUGGAGGUCUUUGAAGAUGAAAUAUUUUUAUAUCCAAGAGUGUGUGAGGUAUGCCGAGAGUCAGAUAAUUCACGCAUGAUAGAUUGUAGUCGUUGUCAUUCUGUGUUUUACUGUUCAGAUGUUCACCGUUCAGAAGAUGUUAAGCGUCAUGAAAAAUGGUGUAAUAAUUACCUUCUUUGUAUUAAGUGUGAUGUUGUAGAGUACAAGAAAGGAGUUCCAGAUCUCCCUUUUCCUACUCAGGUUGAUAGUGAAUAUAAGAAAUUGCCAAAGAAGAUGGUAGAUCUUCUUAGGCCACAGCUCAACACCAAAGAUGUUUCUGAGGAUGAAUUAGACCCAAAGCUUAUUGUAAUAUUGUCUGAGAGACUUUCAUAUCCGUUAUCCCUCUUGUAUGGUAUGCAGCUACUCUCACUUGGCCAAAACAGGAAGUCUGUGGAACAGCUAACAGAGUUGAAGGUUCAUGUAGUGGGAGCAAAAAGUACAAAAGAAUUGCUGGGCAUCAUCCGAUGGGAAUAUAUGCUUCAUCGAUUGCCGGCUCUAAUGAAACUCCACAUUGUGUUCAUUGGACCUGAGUUAUUCUCUGAUUCAGGUUUGAGUGAGGAACUUCCAGAUAACCACUGCCUAGAUGACAGUGGAAUGUCCCGAUGUGAUGAUUGUCAGAGUAGAAACCGGGCCAUUAUUUACGAGAUGUGUGAGAUGCUGUACCACGACUAUGCCAAGACUUCCUACUUUCAGAACCCUGAUGUCAUUAUUUCCUUUAAUUGUGGUUUUCAUGAAUUUGAAGGUGAAGAGAAAGACACAUGGCCAGCUUCUUUAUCCAUCAUGUUAAAAAAUCCAGAUAUACCUGUAAUUUUUACAUCAUACACAAAAACAGAAUCUGAAAGAGAUCUUGAAGUCUUGAAAAAGAUUGAGGAUGUAGAAGUCCUCAUGCCAGUCGAGAUGAAUCCUUACUGUAGCUUAAGGCCCAUACGAGAUUUUACGAGAGAAGAUGACUGUGACAUGUUUUUUGUGAAUCAAUAUAUAUCAUGUGUGAGAAGAAAAAAAUCAUAAGUCUUUGAUUCAGAAAAUAAUGAAUGAAUAUGAAUCAUGAUUACUUUAUUUACUAAAACAAGAAUUCACAAAGUAAUACUAUAAAAGAAGCAUCUAUAAUUAACUUUUUAGGAAACAUAUGGUACAAAUAUAUUUUAAUCGGUCAACAGAAGAAUUUUAAUUUUGGAAAAUAUAUCAAUAUCAUGUAUUCUGGGUAUCCAGACAUUAUUUAUGUUUUUUUUCUCUUUUUUUAACUAGAAUAAACAAAAAUGGAUUUUUACUAUAUUCAAUAGAACAAUUACUUUCUCAUAGUUAAUAUAAUUAUUGUGAUGAAGAAAGUUUAGGAUGAAAAAUUAAUGUGAUUAUAUACUGCUAAAUCAAAAAAAUCAUUAUGCUUUGAUGAUAUUAUUAGAAAAUUACCUUAAACUGUGUUAGUUCCCUUGAAGUUACCAUACAUCAAAGAGUAAGUGUAAGUAGAGUUAGUAUCCUAACUUUCAAAGAAGUAGAAUUUUAAUGCACUGGGAAACAAACUUUAUUUUUUAAGGGCAUUAUUAGUUUAUAUUUGUCCCUGUGUGUUGAGUGCACAAGUAAUUCUCAAGUUCUUACAAAGUACAAAAGUGGUAUACAUUGUUUGAGUUUAUGGGCUGUGUGUUGUUUGUGGUGAUCAGUUUGAUUUUUCUUUAAUAGAUAAUUGAAUAACAGCAUUUGCUAGUUUCACUCAUGGCCUUGUCUUGUAAUAAGUUUCUCUGCACAACUUUACCAUUAUGUAGUUUGGUUUUAACUAAGUGUAUUUUACAGAAGACAAUAAAAUGAUUUGUGUUACAGUGCUAGAUGGGGUAUUAUAUAUAUGCAAGUGCAAAAACAAACACACACACACACACACACACACACACACACACACACACACACACACACACACACACACACACACAUAUAUAUAUGCAAAGUAUCCCAUCCUUUUUAAAAAUAUAGUUUCACAUUUUUUAAACAUCUUCAAUUUACUCUAAUUACUUAAUAAGUAUACAUUCAAAACUGGCCUUGAACAAGAUGUUUACAGGAAUGUUAUCGUAUCAUGAUCAUUUUCUCUACAGGUAUCCUUAUUUACCUGUAUAGUGGUGCUUUUAGUUUAUUUUAGCCCUUUGGUCCUAAGAGAUCAUGCAUAAAAUCAAACUAUUGGCAAUAUUUUUGCUUGUUUAUUCGGCUGUUAUGCCUAGAAAUACCCCACUUAUUUUUACUUAGAUUAUAUUUAAAUGUGUUUUAGUGAUUAAUAUGUAAUAAGUCUUCACUUUUAUUGUUUUAUGAAAAUCAUUAGGUGUUUUCAUUCUGCUAUGCAAGUAGUACAAAAAGCUUAUAUUUUUUCUGUAUUACAAUCCUAUAAAACAAGUUUAGUACAAAACUACUUCAUAACAGCUAAUGAGACACCUAUCUAACUCAGUACAAUUUAAGUUCAAAAUGUAUUUUUUACUAAUGUAAUAUAAGAAUGAAAUGUUUGAUGUAUAUUUCUGUGUUCCCUAUUAACAGUGUUCAAUAUUAAAAUGAUUCUUCAAA